AUGCGUCCAGUACAGGGAGCUGAGUUGGUUAGGCCAUGUUGUACGUAUGCCGAACCAUCAUCUGCCGAAAACAGUGCUGUUUUCCGUGCCCAGUUCAGAGUGGUGGAGAUGGAGAGGUGGCCAACCCUUGAGCUGGAAGAGGGGCAUAAGAGAUUGCGAAACGUCUGGUGCUGUCGGUGCAACUCGCUUUCAAGGAUAGAGACCGCCUGUAACACCUUUCGGUGUCUAGCUACCAUGCCACCCGAAGGAAGCAUGGGAACUGGGAUACCGCCAGGUUGCCCAAGCCCAGACACGAGAAGUCGAUAUGCAGAGGUCGGGGUCGAACAGCGGACCUUCUGGUUGGAACAUCUAUUGCGAGAUGGCUCAGUGAUUAGAGCGCGAAUUUACUUACCGGAAGGUCCGUGGUUCGGACCCGACCUCUGCCUUUCGACUUCCCCGCUUGGGCAACUUGGCAUUAUCCCAAUCCUCAUGCCUCCUCCGGGUGCCAUGGUAGUUAGGCACCGAAAGAGUGCUACAGCUGAACGAUUUUUAAACAAAUUCUUGACCAGCGCCACUCCUUCAGACGUCCCACGUUGA